AUGUGGUCCCAACUCACCAGUUCUGGCCGCGGGCGUGCGGCCUCUUUCCUGCCCCGCUUUUCGCUCUUCAAGUCCAGCGAAACUUCUUCCAGCAAGCCCGCCCCAAUCAGCCGGCGGUUUUCGGGCAAGUGGCUGCAGCAGCAGGCGGAGGAAGCGGCGGGACGUCAAGUGGGGAUUGGCAAGGGAAACUACUCAGCGGGAAGGGUGUCGUCGUCAACCGGUGGCACUGGCGGUGUUUCAGUACCCGGCGGGUCUACCGGAGGUCGUGUGGCGUUUAGUACCGAUAAUAGUGCGACGCGAGGUUCGGCGACUUCUAUCGGUGGGGCCAAUUACAGCGCAACACGACCAUUCUCGACGACGACGACAGCCAGUUCAACAUCUACUACUUCUGGAAUAAAAGACAAAACCACAGCAUCUCCUCCACCAAGGGACAUGUUUUACGAGGACCUCCGCGGCACCAUCGGCACGCAGACGGAUGACCUGCCAUGCCGGACGAAGCUGGAACUCGCCCGGCGAGCCCUGAUCGCGGAACGGCAGCUGGUGGCUGCGCUGCGAAAGCGGGUGGAGGACCUCGGAGGCGUGCUCGCGGACGCGCAGUGCAAUGGCGAGGAGCUGCAGAAGUGCGCGGAGCUGAAAAACGAAAUGCAACAAAGAGCGGUCAUGGGGAGUGCUUAGGGCAGAAGUAAGAAGUACUAGUAAAGAAACGACUGAUGUCUUCAACAUCGUGUAUGAUCAAAAACUGAAGGACUAAACAUGGAAGGAUUAGUUUAACAGAUGAGAGCAGCACAUCAAUACGCGCAACUACAGUAGGACUAGCAUAGCGAAAAAGGAAGUCUUUUGGUCCUGCAGGAGGCGCUACUUUAUCAUAUGACUGUAUAAAGUAUCAUGGGUCCCUCGAACCACAUCUACGCCCCACGCGUAGAAGAGUCAGAGUAGACAUAGAAUGUAAGUCCAAGAAGUGCAUCUUCAUGCGAGUGAAAAAUUAAAUUUGUUGUUGUGGCAACCCAAACCAUAUGCGGUGGGGCAAUCGCUUGCGCGCCGUGUCUUUCAACUGCACCGAUGGAUUUUGGACUUAAGCUGAUGCGCAGCUUGUUUUUACCCAACAGAUGAUCAUGAACCUUCCUGCUCCCACGGACCGUUUCUUUGAAAAGGAGCAGGGCACCCUCGCAAGAACACAUUGAAG